GUAUAAAGCCGCGCAGAGAGCGUGAAACAAAGCAGUCGGAUCGGAAUUGGACUUGGGAAGCGCCGUUUGGAGUCAGGCAUAAAACUUGUUGGAGGAGAGUAACGAGCCUGCUCCUCUAGCUCUCCUCGUCCGCGCGGCUCCUCAGGGGUUCCCACCACCCUUGCGGUUUAUUUUUAUAUCUGCUUUUUAAUAGAGAAAGAAAUAUAUAUAUAUAUAUUUUUCCUCUUAAGUGAAAAUUCCUGUUUCAAGAGAAAAUAAGACAAGAUCAAUGAAGGAGAGAAGAGCCAGCCAGAAAUUAUCCAGUAAAUCUAUCAUGGAUCCUAAUCAGAACGUGAAAUGCAAGAUAGUAGUGGUGGGAGACAGUCAGUGUGGGAAGACCGCGCUACUCCACGUCUUCGCCAAAGACUGCUUCCCCGAAAAUUACGUCCCUACAGUGUUUGAGAAUUACACCGCCAGUUUUGAAAUCGACACACAAAGAAUAGAGUUGAGCCUAUGGGACACUUCGGGUUCUCCUUACUAUGACAAUGUCCGGCCCCUCUCUUACCCAGACUCGGAUGCUGUGCUGAUUUGCUUUGACAUCAGUAGACCAGAGACUCUGGACAGUGUCCUAAAAAAGUGGAAAGGUGAAAUCCAGGAGUUCUGUCCCAACACCAAAAUGCUCUUGGUUGGCUGCAAAUCGGAUCUUCGGACCGAUGUCAGUACAUUAGUAGAGCUCUCGAAUCACAGGCAGACCCCGGUGUCCUACGACCAGGGAGCAAAUAUGGCCAAACAGAUUGGAGCAGCUACUUACAUUGAAUGCUCAGCUUUACAGUCAGAAAAUAGCGUCAGAGACAUUUUUCACGUGGCCACCUUGGCAUGUGUAAACAAGACAAAUAAAAACGUUAAGCGAAACAAAUCGCAGAGGGCGACAAAGCGGAUUUCACAUAUGCCCAGCAGACCAGAACUCUCGGCAGUGGCUACGGACUUACGAAAGGACAAAGCCAAGAGUUGUACUGUGAUGUGAAUCUUCGGUUAUUUUUUAUGAGGACAAGGAAAUUAAGUGUAAAAACCGCCACCAACAAAACAGAAAGGUGAAGUCUGAACAAAGUGCACAGCCAAAGUCAUGUGUUCUGGAGGCUUAGGAGGCAUUUGGAAGGAUUAUUCAUCUUUUUGGAAUCCUGUCCUUAGAUUUGGCAUGUAGAACAAGUGGUGGGAAGUGAGUUCAUUGAAGAGUUUUGAAAUGUGACUUGAAAAAUAUGCCAAAAAAGAGAGAUUCAGAUGGGCUAGAGGUUGAAGAAGAGGAAUGCGAGUACCUCCAAGAAGAAAAAUCACACUCUGAUGGUGCUUGCGUUUUUGUUUUCUUUGUUACAAUCUAUUCACGGAUCUCUACUUUGAUUUAAUUUUUAAGUGUUUUAAUCUCCUUUACAAAAAAGUAUAUAUUAAUAUACCAUCCUCAUUGGGGAACUGGCACUGUGACCGUAGCGUUUAGUUUUCUAGAGGAUGUGAUCUAAUUUUCUCCUAGCUCAUCAUUAAAAUGGAAAUUGUAUCAGGACCCAUGGGAUAUCCAGAGGAAAAGUUGGUGAGGCUUUGAAAUCUUGCUGUCCUGAAGAUAGUUGAGUGAGAUGGUUCUCAAGGAAGGCUUUUGCAGUGUUGCGGGGUGCGCAGACCAGCACUACAAAGAUUGACUAGGUCAACUAGAAGAAAAGUGUCCAUUUUUAUUCAGUCUGAUGGUUCUGUUCAUCCUUGUGAUUGUCAUUAAAAAGUGGUAAAUUGCUCAAUGUGAUAUUUUUGUGUGCUGUUUAGAAAAGAGGGUGUGUGAUUUUCUUUUUUUUUUUUGCCAUCAUUGAUAAAAAUGCAAAGUCAAAUAAAAGGUGUCUUGGUAUGACGUCAUAGAAUGAUCCAAGGGGGAAAAAAUGUAGGUACUAUUGAUAUUUUCACCUGAUGAGAUAACGAAUGAAGGAUAGUAGCGGAAAGCACAGUUUGUGAGUUAAGUUGUCUGGAUGUAAGAGACCAAAAGUACGAAGCUAAAGGCCUAUUUUGGGAUGAAGCUCCAAAGUUGGCAACAUUUGAUAAUCAGUUGGCUUAUUUCAAUAUCUUUCAAUGAACAUGAUAAGAAUGGCCCUCUGUUCCAUGCUUUUGAGAAUCCUUAGAGGAAAAUUAUAUAGUGUCAGUCCUACACUAUCCUAUGGCAUUUCUAGAGAGUGAUUGCUAAACCUCAAUCAGAUUCUGCCAAGGCCGUGUUCCAUACUUGAUCACUAUUGUUACAUAAAAUAAUCAGCCUUUAAAAUAGUUUACAGAUAUUUUUUGACCAGUUGCUUUUAGAGCUUCUUUCAGAGAAGAAACCAGAUCCGACCUUUUUAUUGUUGGCGCUUGUUGAAAACGAGCUUUCUUUCCAAUGAUAAAGCUUCAUUUUUGAAGUGUUGAAGCUGUGCUCCCAUUCAGUUGUGGCAGGAGAGGAGAUUAAGGUAAUUACAACACUCAGUCUAUGUCUUACAAGCACUUUGUUUUGUCUCUGCAAGAAAAUACCAUUCCAGUCAUUUUCCCCAAGAAAUACAGGCGUUUUACCAACAUGAUAUGCUCUGAUUAAUGCAGCAUUAUGCUUUGGGCAGUAUUACGAAAUAGCUGGCAAGUGCUUUCUGUAUUUAAAUAUUGUAAAAAGAAAAUAAGUUAUAACUGUUAUAAAGCAGAACUUUCGUUGCAGUUUUUUAAAUGUUGAAGUCACUUUGUAUGUUUGUUUGGUCAAUGUUUCUGCAGUAUUUAUUAAAACAUACUUUUUUUUGUUUCUUCAAAUAAAAAAGUAACCAUGUCUUUGUCAAAA